AUGAGAUGGCAUAAGGAGCAGCGGGUCACCGAUGACACUAGUAUGAGACAUCCUGCUGACUCUGAGUCUUGGAAGACAUUUGAUCAAGCUCACCCCAGAUUUGCUAGGGAUGCUCGCAAUGUGCGGCUCGGUUUGGCAAGCGACGGAUUUAAUCCAUUCAACAAUCUGGCUAAACCUUAUAGCAUUUGGCCAGUGAUUCUUGUCCCGUAUAACUUACCGCCGUGGUUAUGCAUGAAAGACAUGUUCUUCAUGACAUCCCUCAUUAUCCCUGGUCCAAAAUCACCAGGAAAUGAUAUUGAUGUUUAUUUGCAACCGUUCAUUGAUGAGUUACUUGAACUCUGGUCACAUGGGGUACCUACAUAUGAUGCAUCUACUAAGGAAAUGUUCAUGUUACAUGCUGCCUUAUUGUGGACAAUCAAUGACUUUCCCGCCUAUGGAAAUCUAUCUGGGUGGUCAACAAAAGGGAAAAUGGCAUGUCCGUCUUGCAAUGCACAAACAGAUUCCAACUGGUUGAAGUAUGGUAGGAAGCAUUGUUACAUGGGACAUCGACGCCUCUUACCGAGAGAUCACAUUUGGCGAACGAGAAAAGGGUUGUUUAACGGUAAAGAAGAUCUUCGCAUGCCCCCAACAAUGGUUGAAGGAGCGGAUCUUUUAACUCAAUUACAAAUGCUUGGAGAUAUUCAAUUUGGAAAAUCUUGUAGGAAGAGGAAACGCACUGCAGAGGAGUUGAACUGGACUAAGAAAAGCAUCUUCUUCAAACUACCUUAUUGGUCAACUUUGCGGCUUAGACAUAAUCUAGAUGUUAUGCAUAUUGAGAAGAAUAUUUCUGAGAACAUUUUGGGCACUCUUAUGAACAUUCCUGGCAAGACAAAAGAUAAUACUAAUUCACGGCGUGAUCUAGAGAUCUUGGGCUUCAGAAAGGAAUUACAUUUGAAACGUGAAGGUGAGCGUGUUACAAUGCCACAUGCAGCAUACACAUUACAUGGAGAUGAAAGGAAUAAAUUUUGUGCGUGGCUUGCUGAGGUUAAAUAUCCAGAUGGGUUCGCUGCCAAUAUCACUCAUUGUGUAUCUGUACGGGAUUCCAAAAUCUCAGGGCUCAAAAGCCAUGACCAUCAUGUUUUGUUGCAAUCACUACUUCCUACUGCUGUGGGGGGGUUCUUAAAGAGGGAUAUUGCGUUGGCUUUGACUGAACUUAGUAGUUUCUUCAAAGAGUUGUGUGCCCGAACACUAGAUGUGAAUCGUCUAUCAAAGCUUCAACUCGAUAUCGUCACCAUUUUAUGCAAAUUGGAGAUGAUAUUUCCUCCAUCUUUUUUCGAUGUUAUGGUCCACCUAGCUGUACACUUACCCCAUGAGGCCAUUAUCGGAGGUCCAGUUCAAUAUCGGUGGAUGUACCCGUUUGAGAGGUUUCUCGGGAAAUUCAAACGGUAUGUUAAGAAUAAAGCCCGUCCGGAGGGUUCAAUAGCGGAAGCCUGGGUUCACAUUGAGUGUUUGACAUUUUGCUCCAUGUAUCUCCAAGAUGUGGAGACGAAGUUUAAUCGACCAGAUCGCAACAUUGAUGGUGUUGAAGAGGAGAGUAUAGAUGGGGAACACUAUGAGAAAUGCAAGGUGUCAAACCCGAAUUCUAUAGAGCGCACCCAACAAACUGAGUUUCCCAUUUGGUUCAAGCAACGUGUUCUGGACCAGCGUAGCAAGAAUCCACUUGAUGUGUCCCCAGAUUUGUAUGCGUUAGCUUGCGGACCUGAUCGGUGGAUUGCAUCAUAUGCGGCUUGUAUUAUAAAUGGUAAACGGUUCCAUACGAAGUCUCGUGAACUUCGCCGACGUUCACAAAAUUCCGGGGUGUUGGUAACUGGUGACCAAGAUACUGAUAAUGUAGACUUUUAUGGUGUUAUCAAUGAUGUUGUGGAGUUACACUACAUGGGGGGUCGUAGAGUAUACUUGUUCAGCUGUGAUUGGUUUGAUGUUGGUGACAAAAAACGGGGGGUACGAGUAGACGAUCAUUUAACUAGUCUCAAUAUGAAUAGGACUUGGUAUAAAGACGAACCAUAUGUGUUGGCAUGCCAGGCUUCCCAGUGUUUUUACAUUAGGGAUCUAAGGGAGAAAGGGAAUUGGUAUGUUGUGCAGAAGUACAAUAAUAGGAAUGUGUAUGAUAUUCCACCAGUGCCGAGGGUUUUAGAAAGCAUUGAUGGCGAAUCGAGUGACGAUGAUGCCUAUCAAGAGAAUGAGUCUGCAUAUGACUAUCCACUUUUGCAUUGUGAUGCAUGUCCAGUGUCAACUCCACUUAGUAGGACUGAUAUAGAACCUUCCCUUAUUGAGCCACGAGACCAGAUGGAGUCGGGUGGUAAUAGCAGAAUUUUGGGAGAUUUUAUUGAUGACGCUAUGGCUCCAUCUGGUUCUGGAGAUGCUUAUGGUGAUUGGGAAUAUUCAGAUGAUGAUGAACCAUCCACCGAGGAAGAGUCUGACUCAGAAUAA